GUUUAGAUGCUCCCGGGAGGCUUGGAGGAGAGAGACCACAGCUCCCUUCAUCAUGUGUGAGGAGAUAAAGGCGACUGUGCAGAAUCACGCACCGAGCCUGAGGCACAGCAAGGAGGAGCUGAACAGGCUUAACCAGGCCAUCCAGCGGCUGACUGCGGAGGGGGACGGUGCUAAGGGUCAGCCCUGCGAACUAGAGAGGGCCAAGGAGCCGCCAGCUCUGCAGGAGGAGGCUGCCUCAGGCAGUGCCAAGGGCAAGCUGGCCUGGCUGGAGGCGGCCCUGCAGCAGGCCAAGCAGGACAUGGCGCGGCAGCUGCGCGAGUACCAGGAGCUCAUGAUCGUCAAACUGGGCCUGGACUUUGAGAUCGCCACCUACCGCAAGCUGCUGGAGGGCGAGGAGAGCAGGCUUGGUCUGGGAUUUGGCACCGGGAGUGUCACCCCGGGCAGCGCCCCCACCUGCGCGCCCGGCUCAGCCGCGGGCCCCGCCCGCCCGCCGCUGCCCGGAGCGGGCUCCGGCGCCCUGGAGACGAGCGCCCCUGGCGGCGGCUGCGCGCUCUGCGGCUCCCCCGGCUGCGUCGGGGACUUCAGUUGCAGCGGCCCCCGAGGAUGCUGAACCCUCCUGCCCCUCUCCGGAGAAGUCAAGGAACCCUCGCUUCUGCCCCAGAGUCUUGGCCCUGUGUCUCAGACGCCCCCUCCCACGGAGCUGGCCCUCGCCUCGCCUCUCCCUCUUGUCCCCAACCCCGGAGGGUGAGGUCUCGGAAUGUAGU